AAAAGGGAUUUUGAUGGAAACGCAAAUCCAGAUUUCUGUGCAAACAAGAUAUUGAUACCGCUGGAUUUAGGCCGAAGCGCUUCUUUUAGAAGUCGGAAGAGAGCGCUGCGUGAAAUAACGUGUGGUGUUCGAAUUAUGGGGAGAUGGAUUUGCCAGAGGAGACGCAUGAUGCGUGGAUUGCAGUGCCUUUGGCCGGGUUUUUUCUCCCGUCGCUGGUGCUUUCCCCGUUCUUCCCAACUUUUUUGUUGUUUGUUGAAUGAGUGCGGAUGUGUCCAUUCCUGUUUGUUGUUUUUGGCGAGAGGGCGGCUUUGA